ACAUGCCUUCAGUUAACAGACAGAAUACAGGUCUGAAGGAGGUUUGAGCAGGACCAACCUCACAAAAUGCCCAGAAGAUAUAACCACCCAGACAGCAACCACUUUAGAGGGAAAGGACAUGUCUAUUUUGCAGUGGAAGAAGCUCUGGGUAUUGGACUUUUCAUUUUGGUGCUGGCAAUUUUACUUGCCUUUGGCUGCUGGUAUUACAAAAGACGUAGUGGCUACAAAAGUCUGCGGAGCAAAAGCUCUAGUGUGAGCACAGUACGAAAUGUGGUAGGUGAGGGAGAAAUACUGGACUGCAAAAUGGCUCUGCAGGACUACAGAGACUUUAAUUCUGUGGUACCUGAUGCUCCACCAGCUUAUGACAAAAUUGCUGUAGAUCAGUCACCACCGCCUUAUUCACCAUGACAACUUGAAAUUUGAAACCAUAAACAUACUGAUUCCAUUUACUCAUGCUCACUCUUUAUUUCCUGUAUAUGCUUAACUUCCUUAAAGCUACAAUCAUAUAAAAGAAAAAAACAUGUCUUCAUUAGCAGUUGCUGAAAACUAUUCCUGCCUAAUUUACACAACUGGUCCUUGAAAUGCCUUAAUAAAUCUGA